AUGGAUCCUGACCGAAGUGUAGCAGAUGAUGUUGAGAACUUUGUUCGUGCAAAUCCGAAUGUUCAACCUCCUCCACCCCUUCCUAUUCCUCAACCGGUCCCCGUAGCUCCACAAAGUGUUGAUUUGGAGGAAUUCAGAAAGAAAUAUAUAAGCCAGCGGUUUAUUAAUCAGAAACGUAAGGAGUUUCUUGAGUUGAAGCAGGGCCGAAUGUCUGUGGCAGAAUAUGAAAGGGAGUUUGUUAGGCUCAGCAAAUAUGCCCAAGAAUGUGUACCUACGGAGGCCAUUAUGUGUAAAAGAUUCAAAGAGGGGUUAAACGAAGAUAUCAGAUUGUAUGUUGGGGUUUUAGAGUUGAAAGAAUUUGUAGUAUUGGUUGACCGAGCCUGUAAGGCUGAAGAACUGAGUAAAGAAAAGACAAGAGCGGAGAUUGAAGCUCGAGAUGUAAGAAAAAGGUCAACGAGCAGAACAUUUCAAUCCCAACCAAAGAAGCUUAAAGGGAUGGAUCCACGAUCAACUGGUUCAGCCGGGUAUUUACGUAGAGAUCGAGGGAAGUCAUAUCCCGGAGUUAAAACUCAAGCUACCUCAAUGGCAAGCAUGGGAAAUGUGGGGAAUAAUAGACCCGAGUGUCAAUAA